UUACUUUGGAAGAGGAUGCCCCACGGUGGAGAGGCUCUCGUCAGGAUGGUGAAGCUGUUCAUUGGAAACCUACCACGAGAGGCCACAGAGCAGGAGAUCCGCUCACUCUUCGAGCAGUAUGGGAAGGUGCUGGAAUGUGACAUCAUUAAGAAUUAUGGCUUUGUGCACAUAGAGGACAAGACGGCCGCCGAGGAUGCCAUACGCAACCUGCACCACUACAAGCUGCACGGAGUGAACAUCAACGUAGAAGCCAGCAAGAAUAAGAGCAAAGCUUCAACCAAGUUACACGUGGGCAACAUCAGCCCCACUUGUACCAACCAAGAGCUUCGGGCCAAGUUUGAGGAGUAUGGUCCAGUCAUCGAAUGUGACAUCGUGAAAGAUUAUGCCUUUGUGCACAUGGAGCGGGCAGAGGAUGCAGUAGAAGCCAUCAGGGGCCUCGAUAACACAGAGUUUCAAGGCAAACGAAUGCAUGUGCAGUUGUCAACAAGUCGUCUUCGGACUGCCCCUGGGAUGGGAGAUCAGAGCGGCUGCUAUCGGUGUGGGAAAGAAGGACACUGGUCCAAAGAGUGCCCAGUAGACCGUACGGGGCGUGUAGCAGACUUUUCUGAGCAGUACAAUGAGCAGUAUGGAGCAGUGCGUACACCCUACACCAUGGGCUAUGGGGAAUCCAUGUAUUACAACGAUGCAUAUGGAGCACUCGACUACUAUAAGCGCUACCGAGUCCGCUCUUACGAAGCUGUGGCGGCAGCGGCAGCAGCCUCCGCGUACAACUAUGCAGAGCAGACCAUGUCUCAUCUGCCUCAAGUCCAGAGCUCAUCUGUGUCCAGUCACCUCAACUCUACUUCUGUUGAUCCCUAUGACAGACAUCUAUUGCAGAACUCUGGCACUGCUGCCACCUCAGCUGCUAUGGCUGCUGCCGCUGCUUCUUCUUAUUAUGGAAGGGACAGGAGCCCACUGCGUCGUAAUGCAGGUGUGCUCCCCACAGUUGGAGAGGGCUACGGUUAUGGGCCAGAAAGUGAGUUAUCUCAGGCUUCAGCAGCUGCACGGAAUUCUCUGUAUGACAUGGCUCGAUAUGAGCGGGAGCAGUAUGUGGACCGAGCACGGUACUCAGCCUUUUAAAAACUGGAGGUGUGAACCUCAAAUGGACUGAAUAACCCUGAGUUGGUUGCAGUCCCAGGAGCCUGAUGUUAAUGAGGCUGCCAGGAUGAAAUACUCGAGAACUGUUGGGGAUCCAAAUUCGGGUCUCACCCUAGCAGAACUGAUCCAAGAACAUCACAACUUUUGAAGUCCAUUGGCACAGAUCAAGACCAAGAUUUGGCCCUUUGUCUGUAUUAAGUAGAGGAACUUGGUGUGAGUUAACUUUUUUUUUCCCCCAGCCAUUGGUGUCUGGAGUUCCCAUCAUCAAUGGAAGAAUUAGAGAAUACUAGAAGUGGUUUCUUCUUUUGACUUGUCAUGGGAGAUUUGGUCAAUUAGGGGAACUCCUGGAAUUAUGGCUCUGAAUCUAACAGUGAGAGAUAAAGCUGUGUUGAAGGAUGAAUGACCAGGUUUGUUCCUGGAGACCCGACUCUUUGUGACUGUCAUUUCUGAAAGUUUACUAUGAAAGAUUAAUUAAAACCUUUUAAUAGUGAAAUUGGGCUGGGCAUGGGUAGUGGAUACCUGUAGUCCCAGCUACUCAAGAGGACUGCUUGAGCCUAGAGGUUCACAGCCACAUUGGGCAACAUAAUUAGACCUUAUCCCAUUCAAAAAGAGAGAGAGAAUGACUGUAUUUGAGAUCUCAGCAUCUUCUACUUUUUCUGGGCCCCAGAGUCAAAUUUAGACCCUCUUUUGAAGCAGUAGUAGCUUUAUAUGAAAGAGGUUACUUUGGAAGCCGGGCGUGGUGGCACACGCCUUUAAUCCCAGCACUUGGGAGGCAGAGGU